GGGGUCUAAGCAAACUUCGCUAAAACCCUAAACGAACAUAGACACUCUCUUUCUCUCGUUGUACAUCAAUGGCGACGCCGUCGUUGGACGAAGAAACAACUAAGAAUGUGAUACGACAAGUGGAGUUCUAUUUCAGUGAUAGUAACCUUCCUAUUGACAGUUUUAUGAGGAAAACUGUCAGCGAAAGCGAAGAUGGAAUGGUUAGUUUGGCGCUGAUUUGUUCUUUUAAUCGAAUGCGAAAGCACCUUAAUUUGGGUGAUAUAAAGCCCGAUGAAGUGACUGAAGAUACUGUUAAUGCUGUUGCUCAAGCUUUGAGAAAUUCGGCUUCACUCAAGGUCUCCGAAGAUGGGAAAAAAGUUGGUAGGGCAACUGAACUUCCAAAGCCAGAAGAGGUAAUUGAGCAGGUGGAGAUAAGAACACUUGCUGCAUCACCAUUUGAAUAUGAUCUGAAGCUUGAAGAUGUGGAGACAUUCUUUGGUCAAUAUGCCAAGGUUAAUAGUGUCCGGCUGCCUCGUCAUGUUGGAGACAAAAAAUUCUUCUGUGGCACUGCCCUUAUUGAAUUCUCAUCAGAGGAAGAAGUUGAAAAAGUUACGAAGCAAAAACUAGUCUAUGCUGGGGUUGAGUUGGAAUUAAAACCAAAAAAGGAUUUUGAUGCAGAGAGAGAAAAAGAAUUAGAAGAUUAUGAAAAAUCUCGACCACCUAUGGGUUCAGAUCGUCAGAAUAACUCAAAUGCAGAAGAAAACUACCCUAAAGGCUUAAUUAUUGCCUUCAAAUUAAAGAGCACUUCAGAUGUAGUUCCAUCAGAACAAAAUGGUGUUGAUCAACAAGCGAAUGGCAAUGGUGCUGUCUCCAAAACAGAUGAAAAAAAUCCCUCUGAAAUUACUUCUGGGGAAAGUGACCAAAAGGUAUCAGGAAAUGUUGACGAUGAUGAUGAGAUGAAAGAAGGAAAGGAAACUGAAGGUGAAGAAAAGAGUCAAGAAACUGAUGAAAAAAUUACAGCUGCAGCUUACAAGGACAACAUGGAUGUUGUCUUGCGUGAGGAUUUGAAGGGUGUCUUUCAGAAGUUUGGUACAGUGAAGUACAUUGAUUUCAAGAUUGGAGAAGAGUCAGGAUACAUCCGGUUUGAAGAAUCUGAAGCUGCUCAGAAAGCUCGUGCUGCUGCAGUUCUUUCAGAAAAGGGUGGUUUGGUUGUGAAGAAUUAUAUUGCUACCCUAGAUCCAGUGUCUGGUGAGGCCGAAAGAGAAUACUGGAGCCUGCUUCGCGGUAAUCAUGAUAAGCGCCGAGGAUAUAAGAGUAACGGAGGAAGGGGAGGAAGGCAUGGUAGAGGAAGGAAACAUGCACGCGCUAGACAGAACGAAUCUGCCGUAGAUCGCCCAAAUAAAGCUCAGAAGGUUGGUGCUUCAUAAUGGAUUAUAUACUAGAGCAGUUUCGAGAACUUUUAAGAUCCCGAAGAUUUUGGUUGAACAAGCUUACUGCUUGGUCGCCUGAUGUAUUCUCAGCUACUCAAGUUUUGAUUUCAUGGUUCGUUGUAACAUAUUACAAUCUCAUUCCGUUCCCUUGCAACUUCUCUUUAUUAUAUACUGCAUUGCAUUUGUUGCUUUCUCUCUCUUUUUUUACCUUAUAAGCGUAA